UGUGUCUUUGUGCGUGCGCGCACCCGCCAGGUCCUUAAAACUUGUUCAUGGAUUGUGUGCGUGUUUGAUGGAUUGGAGAGAGAGAGAGAGAGGGAGAGGAAGAGAGAGCGAUCGAUCAAAGUGUGUCUAUGGGCACAUCACCGACGGGAAACAAACAUUAGCGGUAUUAUCCCCCUUUCCUUCCCCUCCUCCGUUCCUUCACCGGGCAAAUCACUCACUCACACUGAGAGACUGCGUAGCACGACUCCCUUCCUCUUCAUUUCCAAUCCGGAGUGGAGAAGAGAGUUUCAAUGUUGCCAGUUGCCAUUUCCAUCACUGUGUUCGUAUGAUUAAUAGUAGGCUAUUGCCAUUCUGGAUUUAAAGCGAAUUCGUUUGUCUAACGGGGAUCUUUACACGAAGACAUUUCUGCUGUACUGUAUUCGGACAAGGCUCGUGAAAACGCCUGUGUAAACGGACACUGAUAUCGGACAGAGCAGCCUCAUGAGGAGCAGGCUACAGUAAGUGCGUCCGGUGCGAAUGCCAGAGGAAUUGAGAGGAGACAAGAAAUAAAAAGAGAAUACUGCUGUGAGGACGAGAAGGAGAACAGGACUGUUGGGGACGGGAGAGAAAGAGAAGGAGUGAAGAUGGGGAGGAAAAAGAUCCAGAUAGCACGGAUUAUGGAUGAACGCAACAGACAGGUGACGUUCACCAAGAGGAAGUUUGGCCUGAUGAAGAAGGCGUACGAGCUGAGCGUGCUGUGUGACUGUGAGAUCGCCCUCAUCAUCUUCAACAGCACCAACAAGCUGUUCCAGUACGCCAGCACCGACAUGGACAAGGUGCUGCUCAAGUACACCGAGUACAACGAGCCUCACGAGAGCAGGACCAACUCUGACAUCGUGGAGACUCUGCGAAAGAAGGGUCUAAAUGGCUUUGACAGUCCCGACAUCGAGGCAGACGACUCUGCUGGUCAGAGCCCCGAGUCAGAGGAUAAAUACCGCAAGAUCAACGACGACAUCGACCUCAUGAUCAGCAGACAGAGACUCUGUCAGGCUCUCCCCCCCUCUAACUACGACAUGAUUGGCUCCAUCCAGGGCCAAAAUAACAGCGGACUACUCUACUCUCAACCUGGGGCGGGGGGUUCCUUAGGAAACCACAAUCUGCCGCCCCUCUCGCACACACACCCCGGGCUGCAGAGGAACAGCAUGUCGCCUGGACCCCAACACACACACCGAACCCCCAGCGCUGGAAACGCAGGAGGGAUGAUGGUCUCGGAGCUGUCGAACGCCGUCUCUAACACUGGUAAUGGUAGCUAUGGUAACCACCGUCACUCUCCGGGGCUGCUGUCUCCGGGAUGUGUGGCCAAAGGCAUGCAGGCCAAGACUCCGCCCCUGAUGACCUCCAUGACCCUGAGUGGUAACCGCAAGCCAGACCUCCGCACGCUGCUGCCCCCUGGCAACAAAAACAACAUGCCCUCCGUCAACCAGAGAAUAAACCACUCCCAGUCUGCCCAGUCUUUGGCUACCCCUGUGGUCUCCAUAGCAACACCUACUCUGCCCGGGCAGGGUAUGGGAGGGUACCCCUCUGCCCUCUCCACCUCCUAUGGCACAGAGUACUCUCUGGGUGACCUGAGCUCUCUGUCAGGCUUCGGAGGGAACGGCUCUGGAUCAGUUCACCUGGGAUCAGUAACAGGCUGGCAGCAACAACAGCUACAGAACAUGCAGCACUCAGCAUUAGGACACAUGGGCAACCUUUGUCAGAACUCCAACCUCAACCUCCAGAAUGUCCAUCAGAACCUUCACAUCAAGUCAGAGCCCGCCUCCCCGCCCAGAGAUCGAGGCAUCGGAUUUGUCAGCGGAGGGAUGGGGGCCGUGUCCCAGGGCUACCUAACAAACCAAGGCCCAGUCGAGGCAGGGCGGUCUCCUGGCGACAGCCUGUCCAGCUGUGGGAGCUCAUACGACGGCAGCGACCGCGAGGAUCACCGCGGAAAUGACAACUUCCUGCUGCGCCCGAUGUCCAGUCAGGAGGAACGCCACAGCCCGUCCGUCAAACGCAUGCGCCUAUCAGAAGGCUGGGCUACAUGAUAAGGCCCACCCCUGAUGAUUCACUGGGGGGGGGGGGGGGGGGGCUUGUGUAGAGUUACCUUUAGUGUUACCCUGACUAUUAGUAAUCCUGUGUCCAAAACGGCACCCUAUUCCCUGCAUAGUGCUCUUGCCAUAAAGUAGUGCACUUUAUAGAGAAUAGGGUGUGAUUUCAGAUUUGGCCUAUAUUCUUCUUGUGCAGAGUGAGAGUGUUACACUAUAACAGGGACAUUAUAUACAGGACUGUGUGUGUGUGUGUGUGGGGGGGGGGGGGGGGGGGUUAUAAUAGAGACAUAAACUGUGUCUCAAAUGGCGCUCUAUUGCCCAUGUAGUGCGCUACCUUUGGCCAAAAGUAGUGACACCGCAUGGGACAUAGGGAGUUACUUGAGACGGCACAGUGACAUGCAAGGAGUGAGGGUUUAUAUGGAGUGGUGGGAGUCU